AUGACGGCGGCGGUGGGGCAGAGCGGUAACGCGACGGCGGUGGCGGUGAACGUCGGGGUGAUUCUGGACCUGAACAGGAGGACGGAUGUGGCGCAGGUGGGGCUGAGCUGCGUGGAAAUGGCGGUUUCGGAGUUCUACGACGCGCACCCGAACUACACCACCCGCAUCGUCAUCGCCACCAGGGAUUCCGGCGGAGACGUUGUUCAAGCUGCUGCUUCGGCUCUGGAUUUGAUAAACAACGUGCAAGUCCAAGCCAUCCUCGGCCCAGAAACAUCGAUGCAGGCCAACUUCCUCAUCCCGCUCGGAGAAAAAGCCCAAAUCCCAGUAAUCUCAUUCUCCGCAUCCAGCCCAACCCUCGCCUCCAUCCGCAGCCCAUACUUCUUCCGCGCCACGCAGAAGGACUCCACCCAAGUCAACGCCAUCGCCGCCAUAGUCAAAGCCUUUAGCUGGCGGCAGGUCGUCCCCAUCUACGUCGACAAUGCCUACGGCGAGGGGAUCGUCCCUUCCCUCGUCGACUCCCUCGACGCCGUCGACGCUCGCGUCCCUUACCGCAGCGCCAUCUCCGCCUCCGCCACCGACGACCAGAUCGGGCAGGAGCUCUACAAGCUCAUGACCAUGCAGACCCGCGUCUUCGUGGUCCACAUGGCUCCCAAUCUCGGCGCCAGGUUAUUCGCCAAGGCCAAAGAAGUCGAAAUGAUGUCACCAGGUUACGUGUGGAUAGUAACCGACGGGAUCACCGGAUUCUUGAAUUCCAUCGACAGUUCGGUUCUCGAGUCCAUGCAGGGCGUUUUGGGAGUCAAGCCCCACGUGCCGAGGACCAAAGAAGUCCUCGAGUUCAGGUCUCGCUGGAAGCGGAAAUUCCAGCGAGACCACCCGGAGAUCCUCGACGCGGAUCUCAACAGCUACGGGCUGUGGGCGUACGACGCCACCGUGGCGCUAGCCACGGCCAUCGAGAAGGCGGGACAAGCCACAAACUUCACCUUUUUAAACAACAGCAGCAGCAGUAACGCUGACCUGGACAGGAUCCGGGCGUCGAGCAGCGGCCCGAACCUCGCUCUCGAGCUGUCGAGAGCGAAGUUCGCGGGCCUCUCGGGCGAGUUCGCGAUGGAGCCCGACGGGCAGCUGAAGGGCUCGGCCUACGAGGUGGUGAACGUGAACGGGAACGGAGGGAGAGUCGUCGGGUACUGGACACGUGGCGGAGGUUUGGCCAGAGAGUUGGCGAACGAGUCAACGGCGGGGAGAAGCGCGUCGAGGGAGAGCCUGAUGAGGACGGUGAUAUGGCCGGGGGAUGCGGCGGCGGUGCCGAAAGGGUUUCAGAUGCCGACGAGCGGGAAGAAGCUGAGGAUCGGAGUCCCGGUAAAGGACGGAUUCAGCGAGUUUGUUUCUGUUACUACCGAUCCCGAAACCAAUAAGACGAGCGUGACGGGAUACUGCAUUGAUAUCUUCGAAGCCGUCGUCCAAACGCUGCCGUAUGCGCUUCCCUUUGAGUACGUGCCUUUUGCCAACGCCACUGGGGAUAGCGCCGGGACUUACAACGACCUUGUUUAUCAGGUCUUUCUAGGGAACUUCGACGCGGUGGUCGGAGACACCACCGUCAUCGCCAACAGGUCGAACUACGUCGACUUCACGCUUCCGUACACGGAGUCCGGGGUGUCGAUGGUGGUGCCGGUGAGGCCGGACGGGAGCAAGAACGCGUGGCUGUUCCUGAAGCCGCUGACGUGGGAUCUCUGGAUGACGACGUUCCUGUUCUUCCUGUUCAUCGGGUUCGUGGUGUGGGUACUGGAGCACAGGAUCAGUAAGGAUUUCAGAGGGCCGCCUUCGCAUCAGGCCGGGACCAGCCUCUGGUUCUCCUUCUCAACCAUGGUCUUCGCCCACAGAGAGAACGUGGUGAGCAACCUGGCGAGGACGGUGGUGAUAAUCUGGUGCUUCGUCGUGCUGAUCCUGACGCAGAGUUACACGGCCAGCUUCACCAGCCUGCUGACGGUGCAGCGGCUGCAGCCGACGGUGACGGACAUCAACGAGCUGCUGAGGAAAGGCGAGUUCGUUGGGUACCAGGACGGCUCGUUUGUGGUCGGACUGCUGAAACGGAUAGGGUUUCGCGACGACAGGCUGGUGCCGUACGACAACUCCGACCACUGCGACACUCUUUUCGGGCAAGGGAGGAUCGCUGCUGCGUUCGAUGAGAUUCCUUACAUCAAGCUGUUCUUGGCGAAGCACUGCUCCAAGUACAUGAUGACUGAUCCUUCGUACAAAACCGACGGCUUUGGAUUUGUCUUCCCCAAAGGCUCCGUACUCGUACCGGACAUUUCCAGAGCUGUCCUGAACGUGACAGAGGGAGACAAGAUGACCAAAAUCGAAGAAGCGUGGUUCGGCAAGAACAGCAGGUGCCCUGAAUCCAGCACCUCUGUUUCUCCAGGCGGACAGCUCGGGCUCAACAGCUUCUGGAGCCUGUUUCUCAUAGCUGGUGUCGCCGCAGUUUCGGCACUCAUAAUUUUCGCAGCCACGUUCGUCUACCAGCACAGGCAGAUUCUGUUGCAGCAACAAGAAGGCGAAGAUAAUUCGCAAUCGAAACCUUCGUUUUGGAGGAGGAUUAUGAGACUGUUGAGGACGUUCGACAAGAAGGACCUCAAGUGUCACACUUUCAGGGACGACAACAGGGUUGGCAAUAACGAGGUUAAUUUGGUGAGUCUGAAUGUGAUGAGCCCUUCUGCUUAUUCGGUUCAGACGGAGUUUCCUGUGGAUUCGUCGACGGCGGCGGCGGCUACUCCUCCGCCGAUAGAUUCCUCGACGGAGUUGCACUACAACGACAAUGUUGAAGCGCAGGGAGUAGAGAUAAGCAUUGAUUUGCAUCAAAAUUUCAGUGGAGCAGGACAGAUUGAUGAUGGUUAUGAUAAUGAUGAAAUUACGAGACAUUGA